AUGGAAUUUUCUGAAAACGACUUUGAUCGCGCACUGUUAUCGGAGUGUAACUCGAAGAAUGCCGAAGAGAACCUUCAUGAGGCCGAGAUUCUGACCAGGUGGGGAGGAGCUUUGCUUGAGUUGUCGCAGUGCCAAAAUCCCUGUGGAUCCAAGAGGAUGAUUAUUGAUGCCAUUUCACAUCUGGAGGAAGCUUUACUAAUCAGUCCUACGAAGCAUGACACUCUUUGGUACCUGGCAAAUGCUCAAAAAUCUCUUGCAUUUCUAACUCCUGAUCUCGAUGAGGCAAAGAAUUAUUUUGACAAGGCAUAUGAGUGUUUUAAAAAAGCCGUACAGGAGGAUCCUCAGAAUGAGCUUUAUAAGAAGUCCUUGGAAAUUAUUGUUAAGGCCCCAGAAUUGCACGUCAAGAUCCACAAAGAAGGGUUUGAUCAGGAGCAGAGUGGCCAAUCAUCAAGCACUCCUAACGGAAAGGAAUCCAAAAGGCAGCAGAGUAGUGACUGUGAUCUUAAAUAUGACAUCUUUGGAUGGAUUAUUCUUGCAAUGUAUAUGGCAGCAUGGGUAAAAAUGGCCAAAUUUCACAUUUCUUCGCCACCUUCAAGAUAA